UUUGAAAACUCAUAGCGCAGCGCGCGCCUCCUAGACUCCAAAGGUUUUUAACCCUUUUCCUUGUAAUACCUAAUAACACCAGCAAUCAAAGAGCAAAAGCAGUUAUUUUCGUGUUUCGUAACUGUUGCUUUCCAUUAAGCUAAUGGCAAUUUAAAACCAAAAUUCUCCAAAAAAUCCGCUGUGAUAUAAAGUGGCUUAAAAUAUAUAGGAAAAAAAAUUAAAUAAAAAUAAUAAGUAGCUCAAUUUUUGCUAAGAAAUUUUAAAAACAAAAAUACUACAUAAUCAAGUGCUAUUGCUGAUAUUGAAUUAGUGACAAAUGUAGAUCGUUAAGUAGGAAAUGGUUUCGUCCAAAAGAACAUUUUCCUAAGAGAAUUCGCAACAAACAGUUGACUUUGUAAAAAUAAAAUUAGAAAAGACACAACUUUUUUAAAAAUUUGUAAUAAAGAUUUGUGGAUGAAAGUAAAAAAUAGACCAACACAUCUCGCCCGAAAAUAACUUCCUCGACGGGCUUUGAAAUAUACAUUUGAUGGAGAAUUUGUAUUAAACAAUAGAAAGAACAUAAAUUGUGCUGCAGCAAAACCCACUGUACUGGAUAUGAUAUUAAAUAACUGGAAUUUGGAUUAGAAACAACACUGAAAUCAUUAAAAAUGCCAUUUAGCAAAGUAACCAUUCAUUAGCAUUUGAAAAGAAAUAUUAAAAAUUUGCCUACUGAUAAAAUAAAGUAAAACAAAUCGUAAUUGUGAUAUAGAAUACACUUAACAUAACCAAAAAAAUUUGUAAAACUUAAGUAUCGAAACCGGAAACCCAAAAACAAGCCGCAACAAAUAAGUUAUCACCGAUCCAUUUUUUGAAUAUAACCAACAAAAGUCCCGAAGCUUUGAAGUGUGAAGAAAUUCAUAAAAGCUCUAAGCUAAGAAAAUACCUUCCAUCUAUCAAAUGAUAAGCUUAUGAAAUAUUACAAAAUAUCAGCAUAAGUGGAAAGCUUAAAGCCUAAAAAUUGAAUGUGAAUUUGGCUUUACUAUAAAAAAAACCUCUCUUAAAAGCUUUUGAUAAUUGAUUUUGUGAGGUCUAUGCAGGAAGCUAAUUAAGACCAAAAAAUAUCCUAUCACUUAGUUAUAGAUCAUACAGAAAACAUCCAAGUGAAUUUUUAAGGAAAAAGCUUUUGGCUCAAAAAAAGCUUUUCGGAAAAUAUCGCAAAAAUAAAUGUUUUUUUAGUGAAAACGGCAAAAAACUACUACCACGAUCAACAAUACCCAAGCAAUCAAGCACAAAUCCUUUUACAAAAAAAAAAUUAUCAAUCCAAAUAUAUGAACCAACAAAGCACAACAUUCUCUUACAAAAAAACAAAACUUUAAAUUCAAAAUCCUACAAUAAAAAGCUUUCGAAAAGCUAAAAUAUCUUAAGUGAGACCAAUUAAAUGAUAAAAAACAAGUUUUAAACAUUAAGCUCUACAUAAAAAAACGAAAAUAAAAGCUUCAAAAAGCUCGCUAUGCAACGACAAAUAUAUUUAAUCUACAAUAUCAACUAUAAAACACAGGCACAUAACUACACUACAAAAGCUCAACUCAAUUUUUAAACAAAGCUUUUUUCUCAAAACCAACAAAAAAUAAAGUCAAAGCUUUAGUGACAACAACAAAAGUUAGAUAACGGAAAAGGUUUUCAGCACAAGCAAUUUAUUUCUUAUAAAAAGUAAAAAAUUUUUAAUUCUACCGCUAAGGCAUAUCAGAAAACCUAACUGAAGAAACAAAAUUAAAAACGUUAAGAAAUGGCUACCCAGCAAGCUAUUUAAAACAUUUUUUGUGAAAAUACUACCCCAAAUCAUCCCAGAGCAACAAUCCAAGCCUUUUCCCCAUCACCAUGGUGGGCUCUCAUGAUUCGGGUAACUGUGAUUGCUGUGGCACCUCUAGUGGUGGCAGUACUGAGCGCAGGCAGCAGCAGCAGCAACAAUUACAAAGGGCCCAUUUGGCCCCCUUGCCUAUACAACCGUUAUUGCCGGCUGGCCAGCAGGCCCCACCCAUAGCAGCAGCUGCCCAAAGGCCCCCUCCUGCUGUAGCAGCGCCAGCAAUUGGAGAUAAUGCCAGACCACCUACAGCAGCAGCGGCUAGACCAAAUGCCCCGCCGGCUGCUGCCCCCCACCACAUACAAGAUCAACAAAAUAAUAACAACAACAAUAACAACAACCCAGCCAAUGCCCCUGCUAAUGUGAAUCCUCAAAAUUUGGCCCAGCAAAGGAACAUAGCACACUAUGUGAAUCAAGUUAAUCUCCAUCUCAAUUUGACCAACAACAAUCACGAACACCAACAACCGGCGCAGCAGCAACAGCAACCACCAGCUGCAGCAGCAGCAGCGGCCCCUCAUUUAGUAGCAGUGCCCCAGCUGGCACGUGACUAUGUCUACAAUAACAACAACAAUCACAUUUAUGUCAAUCCGCAUUCAUAUGACACCAACACUGCCACAAGUCUAACCAAUACCACAGCCUCGCACAACACUGCCACGGGAUCAACAGCCCAAGCGGUCUCUCUGAAGCAGACUACAGCAGCAGCAGCAGGCACUGGAGGCGGCAAUGCUGUCGCUGGUGAUCAUGAAAAUCGUUUGAAUAACAAUGGCGCCACUGCGGGCGCUGGUGGUGGGGGCGUAAGUGGUUCUGAGGCUGGCGCUGCCGGCGGCGAACUGUCGCGUCAACACACCUCAACCACUCUGAGUACUCUGAAUACAUAUCUCUUCCCCUGUGGCGCCGAUUCGGCGGGCACCAUAGGCGGGGUAACCUUCAAUGGCAGCCAUUCCUGUGAUCUAGACUCGAAUUUUAGUCGCAUGGUAGCCGGCAGCAGUGAGGGCGGCAGUUCUACCAUAAGUUCUGGUUUAGGGUUUAUCAAUAAACGCCGCAUCAAACGCCUCUUUGGGGUGGGCAAUGGACCCUAUGCUUCUGCUUUGCGCCGACGCAGCUCACAUCUCAUACAGUUCCAGACAGCUGCCAUGGCCGCCAAAAAGCAACAACAAAUGGAGAGGGAGGCGGCCGUGGCCUCGGCCAAUGCCGCCUUCUACGAGCAGCAGCAGAAGAAGAAGAAGGAAAAGAAAAAGCCUCCUGGUCCACCGCCCCAGGCCAGAAAUCAAGCCUCCUCCAGACAAAUGGAGGAUCCCAUGAUGAAUCGACCACGUCGCAAUACCAACAAGAAGAAGGACGAAACAAAUCCCUACGAGCAGCAACUGCAACAGCUGGAGAAGCUGCAACACAAGUAUUCAUUUUUUGUCUAUUCGUUUUGGCUCCCACCACCUUAUAUAACAAAAUCUCUCUAUAUAUAUACAAAAUAAUAGCUCAACAUCAUUUUUUAUAUAUGAAAAUUUAU